AUACAAACUGUGAAUAUUAUUACUUUCCGAAAUAUUAAAAUCUUCAUCCUUUUAAAUCUCCUAAUUCUACUAAAACUUGACUUUCCUUUUUGAUUUUUUUAAACUAAAAAUAUUUAUAUUUUCUGUGCAUCUUCUCUGUCUGUUUUGACUCGCUUCCUCUCUCCCUCUCUCUUUGUCCUAGCAGGUCACUGAUUAUAAAUACUUUCGUCGAACUCUCUUUCCCUAGGCAAAAAAAGAAAACGAAAUUACAAACUCUUUUGUGCUCUCUUUUACAAAACCCUAGAUAAGGUUAGAUCACAAUCUUUUCGUCUUCACCUGAAGCGUUCUCCAAUAACCUCUUGAUACUUAAAAAAGCAUCUAUUUAUAAAGUAGUAGUAGAAGCAUUAGUGUUUAGUGAUUUUGAUUAUUUACAAAGUAAAUCAUCUCAAACUCAGUUGUCUUAGACCUCUGGAAGAUUUUGACUCUAUAAAGUUUGGAUCUUUUGUUAGGUAGUCUUUAAAGUUUUGAUCUUUACUACUUAUUUUGUAAAAAGGGCAUUCCUUUACUGUUUAAAUUUGUGUUUGUGGUGGAUAGUUCUCUGUUUGUAUUAUCUGCUAAGCUGUGUUUGGUUCUGUACAAUUGUUAGGAAUGGGGAAGCAGUUAAAGAAAGGUCGAGCUCCUCCAGGUGGGAAUCAGUUCUCCAAGAAGGUAGCUAAGCAAAGCGCGGAGACAGUGAUGGAACAAAGAUCUUGUGUGCAUUUUGAUAAAUGCGUUGAUUUGAAUAAGUUGUUGAAAAAGAUGAAAGCUUGUGAACGAAUCAAGUGUAGAGAUUGCAAGGAAGGAGUGGACAUGAAGAGAAGAAGUGAAGGGGAAGUUAGUAGCUUUUCUUGUGAUGCUGCUAAGAGAGCUGUUUGGCUUUGCUUGGAGUGUGGCCGUUAUUGCUGUGGAGGUGUUGGUUUGCCAACUGAACCUCAGAGUCAUGUCAUGCGUCACAUCAAGAUGACGUGUCACCGUCUUGUGAUUCAGUGUGAAAACACUCGGUUGAGAUGGUGUUUCGCUUGCCAGUCACUGCUCCCUUUUGAGAAGGAAGUGAAUGGUGAGAGGAAAGAUUUGUUGCUGGAAGCUGUGAAGCUGAUUAAAGAACGUUCUUCAAAGAUUUGCUCUGGUGAAGCUGAAACUGAAGAAGAUUCACGUUCAAGUAGUAGUAUCUCUGGUGAGAUCAAAGGUUCUGGUUAUGGUGUAAGAGGUUUAGUUAACCUUGGGAACACAUGUUUCUUUAACUCUGUACUGCAGAACCUUCUUUCUUUGGAUCGGUUACGUGACCGCUUGUUUAAAGAGGAUCAGUCUUGUGGCGGGCCUCUUGUUUCCUCCCUGAAGAAGCUGUUCACAGAAGCAGCAUCAGAAGCAGGAUUGUUCAAUAGUGUGAUAAACCCAUGGGACUUUUUUGGUACCUUAUGUUCUAAGGCUCCUCAGUUUAGGGGAUAUCAGCAGCAUGACAGUCACGAGCUGCUAAGGUGUCUGUUGGAUGGUUUGAGCAUCGAAGAAACGAGUCUGAGAAAGAAGCAUGAUGGUGAUGAGAGUGAGAAACCUACUCUGGUAGAUUCUGUGUUCGGUGGUGAAGUUUCAAGCACCAUCUCUUGUUUGGAAUGUGGACACUCCUCAAAGGUUUAUGAACCCUUUUUGGAUCUCUCUUUACCUGUUCCCUCCAAGAAACAAACCCUCUCUCAGGAAGAGAGAAGUAAACUUACACCACCAACAAAGGUCUUUAAGAAUGUGGAAGACAGCAAAGAUUCAUCAGAACCUGUGUCAACUAUGACCUUUGACAAUAAUCAGGUCCCUGAAAUUAUUGUAACACAAAAGGAGAUGGAAGAAGUUGGUAGUUUUUGGUGUGAAUCUUUUGGAAUAGAAGUCUCUCACAAUGAGACCGAUCUGGUUUCUCAAGGUGGUGUUAGUGAUAAUGACGACGGAAGUGCAAAACAAAAAGAUAAAGAGGCUAUUACGCAGUGUAGUAAAGACACAGCUUCAAGUGGGAUUGAUGAGGCUCAAGUGUGGGGCUAUCCCUUGGCUAAUGAAGAGCUUCCUUUGCUGGUUGUAGAUUCUCAAGUUAUGAAUAUGCCUUAUAAAGGUGACAUAUACUAUGAUGAUAAAACAGUUGCAGAAGGUAAGGGUGAGAAGCAGGCUUGUCCAAUAGUUAGACAGACUUUUGAAAGUAGCACAGAAACGCUGAUGCCUGAUAAUGACGGAAGUGCAAAACCAGAUAAAGAGGCUAUGCAGUGUAGUAAAGAGACAGCUUCAAGUGAGAUUGAUGAGGCUCAAGUAUGGGGAUAUCCUGAUAUAGGGCAUAGCUUUUCAUCUGCAAAGCCAUGCGCUGAUGAAGAGGUUCCUUUGCUGGUAGCAGACUCUCAAGUUCUGUGUAUGCCUUAUAAAGAUGAUAAAACAGUUGCAGAAGACAAGGGUGAGACUUCCUCGUCGUAUGUGAGCGGCCACCAUGACCAACAAACCGUAGAUUAUGUUGACUUUAGCUGGUUUUUUGAAGAGCCUGACGUCGCCUUUGAUGAUAAAACAGUUAGGGAGUGUGAGGAUGAAGUUUCCUCUUCACUCAUGAGCAGCCACCAUGGGAAAACCGUUGAUUAUGUUGACCUUAACGAGCCUGGCGUCUCCUGUAAUGCUAAAACAAUUAAGGAACGUGAAGGUGAAGUUUCCUCAUCACUCGCGAGCAGCCACCAUGGUCAAACCGUUGAUUAUGUUGACUCUAGCGGUUGUUUUGACAAGGCUGAUGUCUCCUGUAAUGAUAAAACAGUUAGGAAAUGUGAAGGUGAAGCUCCCUCGUCAUUUCUGAGCAGCCACCAUGGAAAAAAGAUAGAGAAUGCUGACUAUUACUGGUUUUCUGUCGAGCCUGAGAUAUCUAAAGGACCAGUUUUUGGACCACCAACUAAAGCUGAGGUUUGUGAAGCUGGUUUCAUGGGUGUCAGCAGCAACUCUGAUGCUGAAGUAGUUCUUGAUGAUUUGGAUUCACCUGUCUCUGUAGAAAGCUGUUUGGCUAUGUUCACCAAGCCUGAGAUUUUGUCAGAAGACAAUGCUUGGCACUGUGAGAACUGUUCUACUAACUUAAAACUCCAACGGUUGAGAGAAAAGAGAGAACUAGUUGGCAGUGGAUGGGUGUAUGAUACUAUAUUCAACCAAUCCUUUACAGAUUUCAAAAACUGGGAUACCAUAUAUGAUGAUGAGGCAGUAGAUUCAGAGGAAGUGGUAGUAAGAAGCGCUGCAAUUAAAAGGGUACUUGUAAACAAGGCACCACCUGUCUUGACCAUUCAUCUCAAAAGGUUCAGCCAAAACGCUCGCGGCAGGCUGAGCAAGUUACGUGGCCAUGUUGCUUUCAAUGAGUUUAUCGAUCUUGGCCUAUAUAUGGAUAUGGAGUCUAGGUAAAUGCAUGCCCAUUCUUUCUUCUCUAGAGACUUUAAUAAGAAAGCAGACUCUCUCUUCCUUAUUUUCCCAUCUCUCUCUUUUGUAGGCAGGACGAAGAAGACCAGCCGGUUUACAUGUUGGCAGGGUUAGUGGAGCAUUCAGGGACAAUGGGGAGAGGUCACUAUGUUGCUUACAUUAGAGGAGACGAUAAGGAGAGGAGAGACUCAUCCGUAUGGUAUCGUGCAAGCGAUUAUUUUGUAAGACAGGUUUCUUUUGAAGAAGUUCUUCGUUCUGAGGCGUAUAUCUUAUUCUACCAACUUAUCUGAGAACUCGCAGCGGGCCAGUAUCUUCUGAUGCUCUUCACAGUUUGUGCUGGUGAACAGUUUGUUCUUAGUCUUUGUUUCUAUUUUCUUGACUAAGUUUUUAUCACUGAGAUUCUUUUAACUUCUAAUUGAGUUAUUAGUUAAAUUAUAAACUUGGCCUUGUUUGAAAGAUAAACAUGAGAAAUACCGACAAAAACUAAACAAAAAACACAAACAAACUUGAAGAUGCUAAUAACAAUUUAACCAAAUAACCAUGACAAAGCCAUGCUAACAAAGCCAUGAACAACAAUUUAGC